CCUGCCGGACCGCUCUUAGCUCCCCCCCCCAGCCCAGCACGGGAGGGGGAGGAGGCUAUAGGUGUCUGUUGCAUUGUGAUUUUGGAAAGCCAGAAGAGUUUGCCCUAGAUGAGAGAGAGGAUUAUAAAGUGGGAGCUCUCAGCCCGCAGAGCACAUGAGAGCCCACGCUGACCCUGCACCUCUUAGGACCUGGCACUGCCCCCCGGAGGAGAAGGUGUAACCAUGGGACUCUUGAACUGGUUCUAUGUUUUGGUGGUCUGCAGUAUAGCUGGUACAAGCAAGCCUUGCUUCCCAGGAUGUCGAUGUGAUGUGGAGACUUACGGCCUCUUUGACAGCUUCAGUUUGACCAAAGUUGAUUGCAGUAAUGUUGGAGCUAAUGUUGUUCCAGUUUCCAUUCCUUUAGAUACAUCUUACCUGGAUCUUUCCUCAAAUAAGCUGGAAGUGAUCAAUGAGUCUCUGUUGUCUGGACCAGGUUACACUACAUUGGUUAACCUUAAUCUUAGUUACAACCAAAUAGUGAAAAUAUCUGCUACAACGUUUUCUAAACUAAGAUACUUGGAAUCCUUGGAUUUGAGUCACAACCAUCUUGAGGUCCUACCACCUCAAAGCUUUUUUUAUUCUCGUUUAGCAGACCUUGACCUAAGUUCCAACCAUCUAGUGGAAGUUCAAAUGGGUGCUUUCACAUCGAAGAGUCAAGGAAAAGCUAUUGAUAUUGAUCUUUCAAACAAUCUUAUUGUUUCAAUUUUGAGAGGUCCUGAUGCUUCCCAACCAAACAUUUGGAGUUUAACAUUGUCUGGAAAUAAACUUAAGUCAGUGCCAGAUCUUCAGGGAAUCCCACUACGAUACCUUAAUUUAGAUCAGAACCCAAUUUUCAAGAUUGAGGAGCACAACUUUUUGGGUCUUAGAGGUUUGACCCACUUGUCUCUCAGUGACAUGCAAUAUUUACAAGAAAUUGCACCUUAUAGUUUCAAAGAGUUGCAAUUUCUUCAAAUACUCGACCUUUCGAACAAUUAUAAGCUGAAAUCUUUAAGUACGGAAGUAUUUGUUGGCUUGAGUUCUUUACAAGAGCUGAACUUGUUAAAUUCUGGAGUUGCAUCCCUACCUAAAGAUACACUCCACUAUUUACCAUCAAUGAAGAGUGUCACCUGGGGCCAGAACAUUCACUGCUUAAAGACGGUAAAGGAAAGUCAGUUCCAUCUAAAGAAUGGACAUGUUCGAAAGGAGGUCUUAGUUUGCCACAAUAAGAAUGGUGCUGUAUCAGCACAGGAUGUUUUGUAACAUACAGUGUACUGCCCUGGUGGACAAUGUGCCUUUUGUGGUUUUUUUUUCUCAAUAAUUUAUUUAUACGUUUCCACAUGUAAUUUUACUUUAAAUUUUGCAUUUUUUCCUGGUUUUGUUCUUUGGUCAAUUUAA